AUUGAAAAAAGUAAUAAAGUGGGAAUCUGAGAAGGGUAGAGUGUAUCUGUUUCAUACCUAUACCUCAAAGGUGAGACAGAGAGGUUGUUUCCAAUAUAUUUCAAUAAAGUAGGGUCUGGGAAUGAUAGAGUGUACGUGUAUCACACCUACUAUCCUUCAAAGGUGAGGAAGAGAUUGUUUCCGAUAGACCCCCGAUUCAAGGCAAAAAUAGUCAUAAUAGGAGUACAAGACACAAAGGUUGAAAAAAGUAUAUUCCUCAAGUAAUUUUUGUUGUAUUGUCAUCCUAUCAUUUAAUAGCAGCCUUGGAGUAACUGGUUAAGCUGCUGUCAAGUGAUCAAGAGAUCACAUGUUCAAACCAUGAAAAUAGCCUCUGACAGGAAUGAAAGGUAAGACUGUGUACAAUACACCCUUGUGGUGGGCCCUUCCCCAAAUCCUGCACAUAACGAGAGCUUAGUGCACCGAGCUGUUUUUUUUUUGGUCAUCCUAUCAUUAUUAAUUCUCUCUUUUUAAGACACACAACAAAAGUCUCCCUCUAUAAUGUUCAUGCUAUAUAUAUAGAGGAUCACAAUAAAGGAUGGAUACAAACACAACAUAAGCUAAUGGAUACUUUCUUCAUCAUUCUCAUCACUACAUGUAUCUCUUUCACUCUUAUAUUUCUCUUUAAUUUCUUUGUCUUCUCAAAUUCCAAAACCAAGAAAAAACUCCCACCAGGACCCUUUACAUUUCCAUUUAUUGGAAAUUUACCAUUGUUGAUCAAUAAAUCCAUACUUGAUAUUGAACUUAUCAUACAAAAACUCAUAUCCAAAUAUGGUCCUAUUAUUACCCUCAAAAUAGGUACUACUACUUCUAUAUUCAUUAGUAGUCACUCUUUAGCCUACCAUGCUUUGAUUCAACAAGGCGCUUUUUGCUCUGAUCGUCCGCUUGCAUUACCUACCAAUCACAUUUUAAGUAGCGAUGACCGGAGCAUCAACACCGCUUCGUGUGGACCUUCGUGGAGGGUCCUACGCUCGAAGCUCAGAAUCAACAUGUUACAUCCAUCACUCAUCAAGUCUAGGUCAAAGUCUCGAGCUGAUUGGGCACUGAAUAUCCUCGUUCAAAAGCUAAUUCAUAAAUCUGAGUCAGAAAGUGAAGUGAUUUUACUUGAUCAUAUUAAGCAUGCCAUCUUUAGCCUUCUUGCUUACAUGUGCUUCGGGGACAAGCUCGAUGACAUUCAAAUCGAUCAAAUUAAAGAUGUGCAACAUCGCGCACUUUUAGCUACGGUUCAAUACAAAAUACUCGACAUUUUCCCUAGAGCCGGAAGACUAAUCUUCAGAAACAAAUGGAAAGAACUUAUUGCACUACGAAAAGAGGUAGAGAACGUGUUCAUACCUCUGAUCCAAGCACGAAUAAGGUACAAAGACGGGGAAAUAGUUUCUUAUGUUGAUACGUUGCUGAAUUUGGAAUUGCCAGAGGAGAAAAGGAAACUAACCAACAAAGAGAUUGUUAGUCUCUGUGCUGAGUUCCUCGGGGCAGCCAGCGACACAACUAUCACUGCGUUGCAGUGGACUAUGUCCUGCUUGGUUAAGUACCCUGCGAUUCAAGAAAAACUGUAUAAAGAAAUAGCAAUAGCGCGUAAAUCAGAGGAGGAAAAUCGCGAAAAGUUGAUAACAGAAGAGGAUAUAAGGAAAUUGUCAUAUCUAAAAGCAGUGAUUUUGGAAAGCUUGAGGAUGCAUCCACCAUCUCAUUUUUUGCUACCACAUAGAGUGACAAAGGAAAUGGAAUUGAAUGGCUACGCGUUACCAAAGAAUGCGAUAAUCUAUUUCAUGGUGAGGGAAAUGGGAUUGGAUCCAAACAUGUGGGAGGAUCCGAUGGAGUUUAAACCGGAGAGGUUCUUGAUGGAUGAUCAUAGAGAAGGCGAGAUGUUUGACAUAACAGGAAGGAGAGAGAUCAAGAUGAUGCCAUUCGGCGUAGGGAGGAGAGUAUGUCCUGGCUAUGAUUUUGCUAUGUUCCAUUUAGAGUACUUUGUGGCUAACUUGAUUUGGUGUUUCGAGUGGAAGCCUGUGGAGGGAGACGACGUUGAUUUAACUGAAGAGAUAGAUUUCACCUUUACUAUGAAGAAUCCACUACGAGCUCGUAUCAGUCUCAGAAUGAUUUGAUUGUUGUGUCACAGAUUCAAGCCUUGAAAACAGUCUCUGGCAGAAAUACAAUAAAAUUAACAUCUUUGAAUG